AUGACCGCAUUCAAGUUCCUCGCGGCAUUAGCGGCCUUCGGACUGCGCGUUGCCAGUGCCGUCCCUCAUAAUCUCUCCUCCGUGACUUUUGACUACAUCGUCGUCGGGGCUGGCUCGGCUGGACUGACCGUGGCCAGUCGCCUGUCAGAGGAUCCGUCUGUCUCCGUGGCCAUCGUCGAGGCAGGUACCUGGUCCGAGUUGGUGACGGGCAACCAGAGCCAGAUUCCGGGACAUGACUUUUACUACAAUGGCAAAUCGCCUAGCGACACGAACCCCAAGGUGGAAUGGGGGUUUGUCACUACUCCGCAGGCUGGAGUCAACGGGCAAUCCAUUCACUACAGCCGCGGCAAGUCGCUUGGUGGCUGCACCAACCUGAACUACAUGGGCUAUACCCAAGCCACCGAAGGAUCGCUGCAGCUGUGGGCCGACACCGUGGGCGAUGCCUCGUACGCCUACAAUGCCUCGUCGUACUAUUACCGCAAGAGCUUGAACUUCACUCCCGCCAACACACAGCUCCGCCUUGCCAACGCCACCACCGAGGCCCCUAACUCCAUCUCCACGGGGGGGCCGCUGCACAUCACCUUUCCCUCCUGGGCCCAGAGCUUUAGCACUUGGAUCUCCAUCGCCAUGAAUGCCAUGGGCAUCCGGUCCACCGAGCCCUUCACUAAUGGCCACCUGAACGGCUCUUCCUGGGUGGCUUUGACCAUCGAUCCGACCACCGGCCAUCGAGCCUCCGCCGCAACCACCUUUCUUGCCAGGGCUGCCAACCGACUGAACCUACAUAUCUUCGACCUCAGCCUGGCCGAACGCAUCCUCUUCGACCCGCACCGCGUCGCCCGCGCCGUCAAAAUCACCUCCCUCACCAACACCACCCAGCCCACCAACAUAACCACGACUCUCCAUGCCCGCCGUGAGAUCAUCCUCUCCGCCGGGGCUUUUCAAAGCCCUCAGCUCCUUCUCGUUUCUGGCGUUGGUCCCGCCUCGCUGCUCAAGCAACACAACAUCCCUCUUGUCGCGGACCGCCCAGGUGUGGGCCAAAACAUGAGCGACCAUCCCUUCUUCGGAAUCGCCUACCGAGUUAACGUUGAGACCUCCUCCGCCCUGCAAUACGGCGAUGCCAACGCCCUGGCCACUGCGGAGUUCAACGCAAACGGUACCGGUCCCCUCGCCAGUCCCGGGGGCGACUUCGCCGGCUACGAGAAACUGCCCGCCCCCCUCCGCACCUCCUUCUCCAACACCACUCGCGCUGAUCUCUCUCGUCUACCUUCGGACUGGCCAGAGGUCCAAUACCUCACUCUCCCUGACUUUGUGGGGGACUUUGAGUCCAGGACUGCUUCUGCGCCGACGGACGGAUAUCAAUACGCUACGCUGCUGGCCACACUGAUUGCUCCAUCCUCCCGCGGAAACGUCAGCAUCUCUUCCUCGAGAAUGUCUGACCCGCCGUUGAUUAACCCAAACUGGUUAACUACGGAGCAGGAUGUCGAGAUGGUAGUGGCGGCGUUCAAGCGGCUGAGACAGAUUCUGGAAGCGCCCGUUAUGAAGAACGUGACGAUCGGAGAGGAGUAUUAUCCGGGUAGUGAAGUGAGUACGGAUGAGGAGAUCUUUGCUCAAAUUCAAAAAAGCUUUAAUACUAUGUACCAUGCGAGUACGUCGUGUCGGAUGGGGAGGAAAGAGGAUCCAUGGGCGGUGGUGGAUAAUCGGGCGAGAGUGUUUGGGGUGGAGGGUUUGCGCGUCGUCGACGCCUCUGCGUUUCCGUUUCUACCUCCGGGAUUGCCGCAGGCUACUAUUUAUAUGCUAGCAGAAAAGAUCGCUGAUGAUAUCAAAAAGGGCCGGUGAAUUUGCGUCCGGCCCAGGGGUAUGGAUUGUACGAUGGGUGUGAUAAAAUGGUCGUGUCAUGGAUAUAGAAUUGCUUGUUACUUACAUCGAUUUAGUCUAGUUUCAUGUUAUA